UUCUCUAUAUAAAUGCUGGCGCAAGCUCGCAAAUCGUUUUAUUAUUCUACCGCGGUCAUAAGUUCAUAGGUGUCCUCUCGAGCACGCUUACCACCGAGUGGCGAUUUCAGCAAUAAACGUUAGACGAGUGCAAACGCGCGCUUGAACGGCUUACACGGUCGGUGGCAGUCCGCAAGGAAUCUGGGCUUCGCAUAGAUAAACGGCGGCGGCAAGUGGCUUGUACUGUUCGGAAAAGUGCUUUUAAGGAGUGAGAUUGGAUCUAUACCAAGUGGAGACCUUUUUGGAUAACAUUUUUGUGGAAAUAUGAAGCUUUUGAUUGUGUUCUCGUUCACUCUCUUGGCAUGUACCCUAGCAGCGCCACAGGAUGAAGUUCAAAUCGUGCAGUUUACAAACGAGAACAACCUCGAUGGGGGCUACAACUUCGCAUACGAACAAUCCGAUGGCCAGAAGCGCGAGGAGACCGGUGUCCUGAAACCGGUGGAGGGUGCCGAAGCUCCAGCCAUUUCCAUCACGGGAUCGUACGAAUUCACCGAUCCAAAUGGGCAACGAUUCCGAGUGGACUACACUGCCGAUGAGCGUGGAUAUCGGCCAACGGUUACCAAACUGUAAAUUUGCUUACGAAUGGAACGGCGUUGAACAAUGAGAGUACAAUUUUGAGGAGAUAUAUCUUCUCAAGUGCAAUUAGGUAUUUUGAAAUAAAAUGUUCUGAACAUA